AUGCAUAUGAUCAAGAGUGAAACCUAGCCUGAAGGUAACUCAAUUGAAACCAAAAUCGAAGAAGGCUAACAAAAUAGCAUUCAAAUAGUUCAAGAGUAGUAAGCUUAGCAACUUGUUGCUUCUGCCCUCGACAUUUCUAAUAGAUAAGGUGGUAUGAGACCUCAAGACCAGAAUUUUUCAGUAGAAAAGAGUGAAGGGAAAUAAGUAGUAAAUAAAAAGGAAGAAGCAAUUAAUGAAAAAUAAAAUAAAGAAUAAGAUGCCUAACAAUAAAUUAGCAGUAUCAUGCAUAAUUAAUCCUAAUAGUAGUAGCAAGCAGAAGAGGAUGAAUUCAUGAAACUCAAACAGCUAUUAGAAGUUAUUAAGAGUAAGUAUAAUGUGCAAUCAGAUGAUGUAAUUAAAUAUGCUUUAAACAACACAUCUCAAUUAAUUUAGAUGCCAGAAGGAUUAAAGGCUGCUUCUUCAGAUAACAACAGCAACCAGCCUGGCAAAGAUUUGGCUUCAACAGUAAUCAAUCAUCUCUUCUCUAACUCUUCUAUAAAUUAAAAUCAAAUUAAAAAUUCUUAAAUAAAUGCUCCUAUCAUCUCUUCCACAUCAAAUUCUUAGUUAUUACUUCCAACACCUCUUAAUUCCUUAAACAUCUCCGCCAAUAUUCAUGCUGCAUUUUAGUCUAAAAUUGAAGAGAAUGAAUCUUCUGCUUGUGCUUAUUCUGUUGAACCUCCUCUUAGAAAGAAAUAAAAUUCUAAGAGCUCUUAGAAAAAUGUUAAAAAGGCAAGCAUGAUAUCUAAUGAAAAUGAUGGUAGUGAAAAUGAUAUGGACGAAGAAAAUUCUAAUGAAACAAACCAAGAUAACAUGCACUCUUAACACUAAACAUUAUCAGGCGAAUAAAGCUUCAAAAAGACUAAGAAAUCCAAAGAAUAAAAAAUUUAAAGGAAGUAGUCGUUGAAGGUCAAAAAGCUAAAUUCAAUCAAACAAGAAAGCUAAAUAGAAGAAGAGAAUCAAUAAGAAAGUCUAGUAAAUAAUGAAGAAAAAUAAACCAUGAAUGAAGAAAAUAAUGAAGACUAUAUUGAUGAUGACGAAGAUGAUGACAUGCUUGAUGAAGAAGACGAUGAUAUGAUGGAUGAAUAUGAAUCUAAUGAAUCUAGAAAACUUGAAAGCAACACUAAUAACCCAAAUGGUGAAAAGAUUGUUCGUCCUAAAUACAAAAAUUCAAAUUCCCCUUCAAAUACAACCAAAAGGUGGUGGACAAAAGAAGAGGAUGAACUCUUAAAAAACCUUGUAAAAGAUCAUGGUGCUAAAAAUUGGAAAAAAAUUGCUGGCUAUUUUAAGGAACGCAGCGAUGUUUAAUGUUUACACAGAUGGUAAAAAGUUUUAAAUCCAUCUCUUGUUAAAGGGCCUUGGACCAAGGAAGAAGAUGAAAUAGUAACAAAAUUAGUUCUUGAAUAAGGCCCCAAAAAUUGGAGUUCUAUUGCCAAGCAUUUACCUGGUCGUAUUGGAAAACAAUGCAGAGAAAGAUGGCACAAUCACUUAAAUCCAUACAUCAAGAAAGACAGAUGGACUGAGGAAGAAGAUCAAGCUAUUAUUGAAGCUCAUAAAAGAUUAGGAAAUAGAUGGGCUCUUAUUGCUAAGUAUUUACCAGGCCGUACUGAUAACGCAAUCAAAAAUCACUGGAAUUCAACUAUCAAGAGAAAAUUAAAAAUGUAAAAGCGUGAAGAAGAUUUAGAACCUCCCAAAAAGAAAAAUUUAAAUAUUAAGGAAAUAGAAGAAGAAUUGUCAAAUAUGCCCUCAGUUAACUUAUUAAAAAAUGAAGCUUAUAUGAAAUAGUUCCAUCUUUAAAAUGCAUAAUAUAAUGAGGGAAUUAAAUAGCUCAAUUCAGAAUCAAAUAUUAAUCACUCUAAAAUGGAAGAUAGAGAUGAUGAUGACGACGAAGAAGAUAGCGAUGAAGAAAAUUUAUCAAAUGAAUAGCUCUCUUAACCUAAUUUGAAUAACUCUAGAGCAAAUAGCAUCCAACUUCCUAUGGUUUCUGUCAAGGAAGAAGAAUAAGAAACAACUUAUAAGAAAAGUGCUAUUCAAUCAUCUAAAGAAAAAGAUACUAUAAAGAAAGAAGUAAAAUAACGUAAAAAAGAAAAGGGAGAAUUUAUCACACCUGAUAAAAAAUCUAAUUUCAUUAGCUAAGAAACAACUGCUCCUACUACUUAAGCUGACAAUCAUUUACGCUCAAUAGAACAAAGAAAUUAGUCAUUUUUAAAUAACGAAAAUGAUUUCGUCACACCUGUUAAACACUUAAACUUUUCAACUCCUAAAAACACUUAAGCAAAUAAAGAAAAGUCAAAUUUAAAAUCUGUAUCUAAUUAAAAAGAAUCCUUCAUACUGCAUCCAAGCAAAAAAAGUCUCAAUAUAGUAUUCCCUAAUUUUACACUUAGUGACAUAUUAAAAAUCGAAAACUCAGUCACUUUGAUGAAGACACUACUCAGAUAAGCAGAAUUACCAGAUCUUUCUACUUCUUAUUAGUUUUUCGAUUAAUAAUACAGCCAAGCAUAGUCACCUUUAAGUUUUAGAGGAGCUAAAAAUGACGAAAAUAACAGCAUGUAUUUUGAAAAAUCAGUUAACUAACUUUAAAGUUCAAGUAAAACAACAUCACUCUUACAAAACAAUAAUAAUGCCAUAAAUAUCCCCACUCCUACUUUAUCUAAACCUAGCUCAGGAUUUAAACCUGUAGGAUCUUCUAUUACAAGUUUAAAAAGACCUCACCCAGAUAAAUUUGAUGGAAUAAAAAAAGAGCUUUCCUUCACAUCUCCAUAAGAAAAAUCAAUAGUAAUGAAAAGUAUAAAUUCUUUUGGGACACCUGAAAUGAGAGAAGAGCUAUCAACAGCUUGA